GCGUGUGUCUGCGUCAAUCUGCCUGUACAAGUGUGUCUCGGAAUUCUGUGAACCUAAUGUGGUUGAUAUUCCGUGAUUUGGGUGAUUUAUGAAGAGAAAAUGCCUAUGUUGUGUACGUUUACACAUAUGUUCUGCAUGUAUUGAACUGUUAAAGAAGAGGAAGAACAUCUUAGAAGAUUUUGCAACAGAUUUUUCUGUAUUUGUUCUCAUCUAUUGCCAGAGAGACCUACAGAGACACAUGAUGAAUCUAGGGAAGAGGACAGUGGUGUUGCUAUGGGUAAUUACCGCGAUUUGCUCUUCAGUAGCAACCGAUCCGUGUAAUACUGCGAAUGUGUUACCGAACAUGGAUAAACGAGGACUUAGUGAUCAUCCACCACCCGGGAGCCGUCCAAUUGACGACCAUUACAACAUUCCUGAUGGCGGAAGUUGGUACAGAGUUGAAGGACAGCAGAUGCUUACCAGUAUAUCGACCGCGGGUUUGGAAAUGUGUGGGACAACUUUUCCCAUAUAUAUGCAAGGAGCUAUACCAAAAUUAACGGAUGGAAUUGUAAGCCGAACCGUUUGUACCAUCACCUUUGGCAACACGUGCAGCCAUCCGCAGCACAUCAAGAUAAAAGUAUGCCAAGAUUUCACGGCGUACUUUCUCUCGCCUCCUCGAAGUACUGGCUCAGCAUAUUGUUUUGUGACUGAAGAUGAAACCAGUGUUGCACCAACGUACCUCAUUCCAAAGCCUUCCUUAUCAAACAAGCUGGUAACAGAGGGUUUCUACCAAAGGCUUCAGUUUAAAUGUUCAUUUGAACCCUCGCUUGAAGAUCUAUAUUAUCAAGUUUUCUGGUUCGUCGAUGACAAGCCCCUAAACGUGUCGAAAAUGGCGAAGAAAACGGAACCGGAAACAUUUGUACUGCAGGAAAAAACGGGUGUGCUAGAAAAACUUGGAAUAAAUAUCGCGUGUUCUGUUCGUGCAAAGACAAAACCGGACGGAGUACCAGGGCCUAUGUCUCAAAAGAGUGCUCUUUUUUUUGCUGGAAUAACGGUAUGUUCGCACAAAAAAAAACAUUUGUCGAUAGCUAAGAGGAAGGCAAUAUCGGUGAUAUUUUACAAACAAGAUACCGAUAUGCAGAUGAAAUCCUAACUCAAUAAAAGGAGAGCAAAACAUAUAUAUAUAAAAAUACAUUGACUUGGAAACGCUUUAGAACGUAAAUUAAAUUAGACCAGGUGAUCCGGAAUGGUAAGCGUCUCCUGUUGGUCGAAUGAUAGAUACAAUGAUUACCUCACUGUCCAUAUAUUAAUACUUAUAUACUGGUACCGGUUCACAAUAUACGCACACACAGACACAAACACACACAAAAGAAAUAACUCAACAACUGUAUUUGAAUGAAUAAGCCCACCCUCACAGAGGGUGACAAAAUAUUUAUUAAUUAUGAAAAAGUGAUAAUAGAAGAUUAUGAGAUGCAAUUACUCAUAUAUACCAAAUACAUAUAUAAAAUAUCGCUUUCAUAAAACAUUAAAUAAUAAGCCAAUAUAGGGUUAACCAAAUAAAAACUGCCAAAAGAUAAUAUAACUCAUAUACCAAAUACACCUAAAAUAUCACUUUAAUAACAUAUUAGAUAAUAAGACAAAGGGAGGCAGUGGAUGGGAUUGAAAAUUGAAGCCUUUUUUUUUGCUAAAAGUUGGACACUCAAAAUUAGAUGCAGUGGAUUUCAAAGAUGGCUGCCUAAUGAUGAGGAUGGCCGCGGGGUCUUGGGACCCCCUUAAAGCAAUUGACCAAUCAGGGAUCCUUUGGUCCUACGGCAAGGGACAUAACUCCGUGAAAUAAAUGGACAAUGAAUUAAUUAUAUCAUGGGCAUAUCCCUCCUAAAAACUAAAGGAAUAAAACUGUAAAAUAUGAAAUAAUUAUUGUAGUGUUUCCUAUGCAUAAAUUAAGCUAAAUACUUAGCUGCCUUUUAUGCAUCUACACACUUACAAGAAACAACUCAACAACUGUAUUUGAAUGAAUAAGGCCACCUUCACAGAGGGUGACAAAGUAUUCAUUAAUUAUGAAAAAGUGAUAAUAGAAGACUAUGAGAUGAAAUUACUCAUAUAUACCAAAUACAUAUAUAAAAUAUCACUUUGAUCAAACAUAAAAUAAUAAGCCAAUAUGGGGUUAACCAAAUAGAAACCGCCAAAAAGACAUUGAAAAUGUUUUCCACCAUACAUUGUCUUCCCCACAGAAAGGGAAACUGGGGGCUGAAGAUUAAAGGUACUUUGUUGUAUGCCAUUUCCUAAUGACCCACAUGUUACCCUAUUAUGUUGAGAUUCAGACACAGGAACACAGUUUGUUAAUGUAAUUGUCUCUACAUUUUCACUGUUGCUAUGGGCCGGAGGUCCUGAGGGUAUGCGCUGCAAUGAUGCCACAGUCUGCGCCAAAGUGGUACACGUCAACGUAGCAUCCACAUGCACUGAAGAGGUUGCGUCAGUCGACGAGGCUGUCUGUGUUGCUGAGGCCGUUUGAGGAAUUGUGAUAGUGUCAUGUGAUAGCGCAGACUCCAUGAUUGACUGUCUCGCAGAAGCAGUUAUUGAUGCUGUCAUGGCCUCCAACUGUGAAUUCGAAAGCGGAAAAGCGCCCAAUGCAUCUUGAGCAGGCAGACUCACAAGUCCUUGUGAAGGCUGUACAGUAGGAUUGGAAGUAGAAGAUGAUUGCUUGGGAUUAGGACGUCUCCGUUUCGUUCCUGAGGCCUUUUGCUGGCUGUCAUAGUCUGUUCCCUUCCUCUUACGCAUUGUUUAAUGCUGCUGGAAUGAAUCUGAAUAAAAGCAAAAAAUGAUGAGCCAAUGUAUCAAUAACUUUCUUGCGACUGACCCGAGAUUCUGUAAGUGUUAACAUGAAGGUCAACAC